GGUUAGUGAUGGUGGCUGGCUGUCCGUGGUACCACGAGUCCUCGCUUGUGAUUUGGCUGUAAUUUCUAUGGACAGGCUGUGCUCAGGGAGUCCAAGCAGCUCCCCCACCCCCAACCAUGACACAGGAAUGGACAGACAGCUGAGGGGCCUCCCAUGAUGACAGAGGCUGCUUUCCGCUCACCUGCUGAGUGCCUUCUGGAAGAAGGACUUGGACGGUGUCCAAAAACCCUGCACUGCAACUGCCAGGAUUCUGUUUCACUGAGGCCAUCGAUCCGAUUUCAAGGAAGUCAAGGGCACAUCUCCAUCCCCCAGCCUGACUGCCCCGAGGAGGCACGGACGUUCUCCUUCUACCUCUCCAACAUCGGCCGCGACAGCCCCCAGGGCAGCUUCGACUGCAUCCAGCAGUAUGUCUCCAGUCAUGGGGACAUCCACCUGGACUGCCUGGGCAGCAUCCAGGACAAGAUCACGGUGUGCGCCACUGACGAAUCCUACCAGAAGGCGCGGCAGAGCAUGGCCCAGGCAGAGGAGGAGACACGGAGCCGCAGUGCUAUUGUCAUCAAGCCUGGAGGCCGCUACCUGGGUAAGAAGGUUCAGUUUCGGAAACCAGCCCCAGGCGCAACAGACGCUGUGCCCUCCCGGAAGCGGGCAACCCCCAUCAACUUGGCGAGUGCCAUCAGGAAGAGUGGUACCAGUGUCAUGAGCGGGGGCAGCGGGGUGUCCCAGAGGCCCUUCCGUGACCGAGUGCUGCACCUCUUGGCACUAAGGCCCUACCGCAAGGCCGAGCUGUUGCUGCGGCUGCAGAAGGAUGGCCUGACGCAGGCGGACAAGGAUGCGCUGGAUGGCCUCCUCCAGCAGGUGGCCAACAUGAGUGCUAAGGACGGCACGUGCACGCUGCAGGACUGCAUGUACAAGGAUGUGCAGAAGGACUGGCCCGGCUACUCAGAGGGGGACCAGCAGCUGCUGAAGCGGGUGCUUGUCCGGAAGCUGUGCCAGCCACAGAGCACCGGCAGCCUCCUUGGAGAUGCUGCUGCCUCCAGCCCCCCAGGCGAGCGUGGGCGCUCUGCCUCGCCCCCGCAGAAACGGCCUCAGCCUCCUGAUUUCAUCGACCCUCUAGCCAACAAGAAACCCCGGAUAUCACACUUCACUCAGAGAGCUCAGCCCACUGUCAACGGGAAGCUGGGUGUGCCCAAUGGCCGUGAGGCCCUGCUGCCCACCCCGGGCCUGCCAGCCAGCACAGACACUCUCAGCUCCAGCGCCCACCUGCCCCCGCGGCUGGAGCCCCCGAGGGCCCAUGACCCCCUGGCUGAUGUCAGCAAUGACCUGGGCCACAGUGGCCGGGACUGUGAGCACGGGGAGGCGGCUGCCCUGGCCUCCACUGCACGCCUCGGUCUGCCCCUGCUGACGGACUGUGCCCAUCCCAGCAGGCCCCAUGGCAGUCCCUCACGCAGCAAGCCCAAGAAGAAGUCCAAGAAGCACAAAGACAAGGAGAGGGCGGCUGAGGACAGGCCCCGGGCCCAGCCCCCAGACUGCGCGCCCGCUACCCAUACCACCCUCGGAGCCCCAGCAGAUGCCCCAGGUUUGAACGGAACCUGCAGCGUUUCCAGUGUUCCCACAUCCACGUCGGAGACGCCCGACUACUUGCUGAAAUACGCAGCCAUCUCCUCUUCGGAGCAGCGCCAGAGCUACAAGAACGACUUCAAUGCCGAGUACAGCGAGUACCGCGACCUGCACGCCCGCAUUGAACGCAUCACACGGCGGUUCACGCAGCUUGACGCCCAGCUCCGGCAGCUCACCCAGGGCUCCGAGGAGUACGAGACUACUCGAGGGCAGAUUUUGCAGGAAUAUCGAAAAAUCAAAAAGACCAACACCAACUACAGCCAGGAGAAGCACCGCUGCGAGUACCUGCACAGUAAGCUGGCCCACAUCAAGAGGCUCAUCGCCGAGUACGACCAGCGGCAACUGCAGGCCUGGCCCUAGCCGCCCGCCCCGAUGGCGGGAUCUGGGAGGGUGGGGGGAGCAAAAGGCAGAGGAGAGAGGAUUUAUUUAAAAAAAUAAACUCGAGGAAGAUGCUCAUCUGAACCAGCACUGCCGGCUUUCAGGGGAGCCCCUGCAGAUGUCUGGUCCUGGUGGGGGGCUGCAGGCCCACCUUGGCCCUUCCCGCCUCCUGAAUAGUCCCUGCCUGUGACGGGCUCCCCAGGAAGCCCAGCGCCGCCUUCCUGGCUGCAGCCCCGGUUCAGCCUCCUCUCUUGCCAGAAGACUCCUAGGCCCUCGGGGUGGCGCGCCUGCCUUUUCUAGUUUUAUACAAAGACAGCCACUUUUAGCUACUGCUAAUGAGACUCGAGUCUAUUUUUGUACAAAAGAGAAGCAGAAUCUUUUUUCUAAACCUGUGCCUCCCUCUUCUCGGACACCCAGGGUCUAGUCGCUGCCCUGGGUCCUGCCUGCAGUAUUACAGAGGCUGUCGGAAGGUGCAGCCGAGCCCUGAGGGCAGGGACCCAGCAGGUGGCCUCUGCUGGUCUCUGGCUCUGUGUUCAGGCACCCUAGUCCCUGGUCUCUCCUCCUCAGACAGGGUCUCUGCUCCAGCAAGCAAACGGGGUGGCCGGGGUGGCUAUUUUGAGAACUCCAGCUGGUGCCCCCAGGCAGCUGCUCAGAGCCAAGGGGGGCCAGAGAGCUCUCGGCUCCCUCAGGCCUGCCCUAUAUUGGGCCCCCAGCUGUCGGGGGACGUGGCGUUUCUGUGCUCCCAGUUGAGACUGGCACAGUGGCGUCAGAUUGUACUCUGCGACAUCCUCUGGCUCCCAUUUGCUGCUGCUGCCCAUUCCACACAACCCUGUGGUCUCCACGCUGCUGGCCUCCCUCCGUCCCUCUGUCCACUAUGGGUCCUGGGGUCGUCUUAGCAGAGCCACCGCCAAGGUUUGCACUCAGGGAGGGGCUGAUGGAGGACUGGGCACCAGUGGAGGCCCCAGGGACCCAUGGGCAGAGCUAGGGAGCCAGGAGAAUGGAUCUGCCCGCUCUGAGGAUGCAGGCUCUGCAGAUACCCCAAUUGCUGCUUUGUUUCUGUGCCUAGUCUAGCGUCCCUCAAAGCAUGGGGGGCCACACAAGUGUGUGUGCGUGCGUGUGCGUGUGUUGGGACCCCCCAGGGCAUGGUGGGGUCUGAGGUGUGUGUUCCCAUUUAGGGCCAAAUGAAGCCAUGACUUCGGAAGGUGGUGGUGGGGGUGGCUGUGAUCAGGGCCCAGGGAUCACAUGGGGGUCACUGCUGCCAUCAACAGUCAGGCAGGGAGAGCAGAAAUGCAAAAAUACAGAUGUGUCUAUUUUUCUAAACCGGGGGGUGGGGGAGUUCCUCCUGAUGGCUUCCAAAGAGCUGACUGCGGAGGGCCUACAGUGCGUCCCACCCCUGUCCGAGUCUCUCUCCUUUGGGACCCCCAGGUUCCCAGAGCUCUGAGGAAAUUUCCUUCAUGUUUCAAUAGCUGCUGCUGUUUUUGUCUUCUGGGCCAGGCUGGGGAAGGGCCGACCAGGCUCGAGGGAACCUGAGUGGGCAGGACCCCACUGUGUCGCUCACAGGCAGCCUGCAGACACGGGUGAGGCGGGACGAUUUCAGGAGGUCCCAGCGAGGGACUGCCCACCCCUCUGCCCUGGGAACCAGUCCAAGGGGCUGUCAGUUCCAUUUGCCUUUUUGUUGUUGUUGUUUUUGUUAUUUGUUCUCCUUUUAAGGAAUUAUGAAGCUAAGAGAAGUUUUGUUUUGGGGGUUGGUGGACAAAGUUCUAGCUGAUUAAAUAUGGUCUAACUUAUUGAUACUAUUUUUUUUCUUUUAAUGUUGUACUGUGGAGAAAAACUAUUUUGAGCCAUGGGGUUGGUGUUUACAAGAACUUUCCACUUUUGCCAAAAUGUUACAAUUGAAAGGCAUCUGCGUCUUCAGUUUCCUAAUAUUUUCUUAAAAGAUCUAGUGUCCUUUUUGUACACUAAACAGGUGAAUGCUGACUUUUUUCAGUCCUACAAUAAAUUUCACUGAACUGAA